CCGCGCGUUCCAUUGGCCGGCGCCGGCGCCAGUCCCCGGGGCCGAGCUGGGGCUUGCAGGCCGGGGCCCUCCUCCGCUCUUCCCUUGACAGCCGCAGCAGGAGGCGAGAGCGGCGAAAGACUCGCGUCCCAAGCGAGCGGGGCUGCGGAGCUGCGGAGCAUGGUGCAGUCCGGACGGAGCCUCCUCCGGCGUUGAGAGGAGGAGAAAAGAAAACCACCCUAUUGCAAAAGCCUUCUCUGCCUCUUCUACUCCAGCAAAGUAGAGGUUUGCAGCGUAGCACAUUUGGGCACCAUGGUGGAUUACUAUGAAGUGCUGGGGGUGCCCCGUGGCGCCUCACCGGAUGACAUCAAGAAGGCGUACAGGAAGAAAGCCUUGCAGUGGCAUCCGGAUAAAAACCCAGAUAACAAGGAACAUGCUGAGCAGAAGUUCAAGGAGAUAGCAGAAGCCUACGAAGUGCUGUCGGACAAGAGCAAGCGUGAAGUCUAUGACCGAUAUGGCAAAGAUGGGCUCAUGGGUCAAGGUGCGCCCUCCGGGUCAAGACCACACCCAGGACCCGAAUUCACCUUCACUUUCCGCAGCGCCCAUGAUGUCUUCCGGGAUUUCUUUGGAGGGCACGAUCCGUUUGCUGACUUUUUUGAUGAUCCAUUUGCAGACCUUCGACCUGGACCACGACACCAUGGGGCAGGGCCGUUUUUCUCUCCCUUCGCAGCAUCGCCAGACUUCUUCUCCCCGGGGCUUGGUCCUGCUAUGAAUGCAGGGAUGGGCUUCCGCUCUGUCUCCACCUCCACCAGAUUCAUCAACGGCAAGCGGAUCACUACCAAGAGGAUCAUCGAAAAUGGGCAGGAGAGGGUGGAAGUGGAAGAAAAUGGGGAGCUGAAAUCCAUCCAAAUUAAUGGUGUUCCAGAUGACAUGGCCCUCGGCCUGGAGCUGAGCCGGCGGGACCAGCAAGCUGUGCAAAGCCGCAAGCCAGCCCCUUCUUCGCCGGCGCCGCAGCACCUGCCCCCGAAGCGCCCGUCCCCCAGUUCGUCCCCUGUGAUCUUGUACACCGACAGUGACGAGGACGACGAGGACCUGCAGCUGGCGAUGGCCUACAGCCUGUCUGAAAUGGAGGCCAAGGGCCAGCACAGAGCAGACCCUGAUGGACAGGCAUACUCUGUCUGAUGCCCCUCCAUGCUGCCUCUCUGCAGGUGUGUUCUGAGUCUGGAAGAGCCAUGGGAGAAUUGCCUCCUCUAGCACAAGGCUACUCAAGCCUGGACUUCGCUUUCUGUUCCCUCCCUGAGCCCUGCCUGGGGGAACGAUUGAUGGGCAGGCUCCGAGGGUGUGACUUCCUCCCCGCUAGUGCUCUCUGCUGCGUGUCCUAUAGCACUCAGUAGCUCAAAAGGGUCGGGGUCGGCGCAGCCCAUCUUUUUUUAAAAAACAACAACAACAAUGUACUUGUAGCUAUGCCGCUGCUCCUAGUUAACAGCACCUAUUGGUGGGGUUGGGCGGGGGUAUCCCCAAGCCCCGCACUGCCUGUGUCCCUUUUCACCGGUGCCCUGUUCCCUUGCAAGAGAGGACCGUGGCUAAAGGAGUGCGAUGGACUUUUUUUCUGCUGGACCAUUUUAUGAGUAAGUUAUGAGGGAGACGGUGGUGCUGUGUGAACUGUGGUGGGUACAGGAAGUGAUAAGCCUUUCCGAUGCAGGUUGCCCUUCUGGUCCUCUUUAGCUCUUGCAGGGACUCUUUGGACCGCAGCACAACAACACUCUUCCUGUUUAUAGUGUUGACUGAGUGGGUAUGGGUAGGUGCGGAGGUGUUGGGACAGAAAUUGUGGGAGAAGGGUUUCCGGUUUUAGCCGCAGGGAAGCUCCCUCUUUCUGUGCAUAGAAGACUUUGUGCUCGACAGCAGCUGUGGGCAACUUUUGGCCCUCCAGAUAUUGCUGGACCACAGCCCCGGCCACCGGCCCUGAUGGGAACUGCUGUAGUUCAGCAGCACCUAGAGAGCCAAAGAUUCCCCCUCACCUCCACAGCAGCAUUUCUCAGCCUGGUAGUCCAUCAACAUAUGGGGAGCAAUAGGGGUUGGACUCCCAGCAGCCACCUGCAGACCCAAGGGUGGGGGAGGCUGCUCUAGGGCCAAAGGGCUAUAAACCAAAUUUUCCCUCAGAGCGGCAGGGAUGUCACUUUUCCAGACCAGGCCUUGCAGAGAGAGUGGGUGUGUAGUAUAGGCCUCUCAUGCCAGGAAUGAGAGGGGUGGGGCUCUCCCUUUCUCUCUCCCCGAUCCCUUGGAGGAAAUCCUCUCCCAGAAGGUAACAGGGCUGGGGUUAACAGAAGCCCUGCUCACUGUAUCUCUUGACUCGGGACUGAGAUUGAUCUGUUUUGUAAUUCAAAGCACUGGCCUGGUAUAUAGAGUGGAAAACAUUGUCAAUAAAUUUAUUUGCAAUGAA